UUAUUAUGCUAGGCUGCUAGUUGAAUCAAAUCCAAAAAACAGGUCAAACAGAAUUACAACUUGCAAACUAGUUUAGCUCCUGAUCAUUUUCUCUGAAUCUGCAUUGGCAUCAGUAAGAGAAGCGCGACAUAUUGAAAGAAAGACAUGGGGUUCUUAAAUCAUAUCUUGGACUUUUUCGAUGCUUCGAUCCCUAGACAUAAGAAACGUAAGCCAAUGCAGACUGUUGAGAUCAAGGUGAAAAUGGACUGUGAUGGUUGUGAAAGAAGAGUCAGAAACUCUGUCAUUCAUAUCAAAGGAGUGAAAUCCGUGGAUGUGAACCGGAAGCUGAGCAAAGUAACAGUAACCGGAAACGUAGAGCCGAAUAGGGUGUUAAACAAAGUGAAGAGCACAGGGAAGAGAGCAGAGUUUUGGCCAUAUGUUCCAUACACUAUGGUAGCAUACCCUUAUGCAGCUCAAGCUUAUGACAAGAAAGCACCCUCAGGUUAUGUCAAGAAUGCACCUCAAGCAUAUGCUGGUAACAAUAAUGAUGGCCCCCAUGAGAAAUACACUCAAAUAUUUAGUGAUGAUAACCCUAAUGCUUCUUGUUCCAUCAUGUAAUAUCGAUCAAUCAAUCAUUUGACUUGGGUUGUAAGAUUUUGACACUUUUAGAUGAAAGAAGUUUUUAUAUGUUCAUCUAAUAAAGAAUGUUUUUUUUU